AUGGCCCCCUUGUCGCGGUUUGCACUUUCGUUACUUCCUCUAGUCGCGGCGGUAAAUGCUGCGACGGAUCCCUGUGCAACGAUAGGUGGCAAGAAAUGGGCUUCCCCGAAGGAUGUCAGGGCAUGUUUGUCGUCGUUCAAACUCGACCCUGCUAUCAAGAAUAAUGUGCUCGACGUUGUCAGCAAAACAUUGGCAUUCCAUGCCUCUGUGAACUACCAAAUUUGGGCGCCCGAACCUUACUCCCUAUCUGUCCACGAAGACCUUUUCAAAGACAUUGCACGGAUCAACAAAACUUCUUAUUCUUCUGAAUACGACUUCCACAUCGACCUUUCACGCACUUUCAAACGUCUUAAUGACGGCCACUGCGUCUGGAUCAACUAUUGUUUUGUUACUGCUUUCGUCAACUACUUGCCCAUUCCCUUGACUUUGCUCACCGACAAAUUUGGGCUCCAAAGUGUCCACAUUGUUCCAGAAGCAUUCGACGUAGCCAAGGCCGAGUUCGCUGACGGAUUGGAUGCAUGGCAGGAUGCCCUGCCCGGCGACUUAAAAGGAAGACUCGACUUACUCUCGGGGGCCAAAGUCCUGCUGAUCAACGGGUUACCGCCUUUCGCUGCUGUGGAUGCCAACGCAGCCAUCGCAGGAAGCUACCAGGCUCUUGGAACGCGCCAAAUUGGUUUCUUCUCAAGUUAUGCGCGGGCUGCGAGCAGCUUCAGCUACAGCAUGGGCCAAUUUGCGCAGCAGUCGCUUCCUUUGGAUGAUUCUGUCUCCCUCCUGAUUCAGCGCGUCAACCAAACCAAACUCGAAGUUAUCACGCUUCCUUAUCGCUCACGGAUCGGCUCGAGUACAAAAGCCUUCACCGACUCGGCAUCCUACAGGGCCAAUAACUGUCGCGCUGUGAGCGGAACCAACGGAGUCGACAUCCACGACACCACAGUGGCGCCUUCAACUGCCGACAAGUUCAAGCAAAUUCCCGCACCCGUUGCUCCCGCUGGAAAGAAGCACCUUAUGAACGUUGUUCUGGACACUGCGCCGUUCACGGACAUCACGCUGCCCGGUGGACUCCAGCCUACCGCCCCUGCGCUGAAUGGCAGCUUUGGUAUCGGGACAUUCUACCUUCAAAAAGACGGGAAGACUGGUGUCCUUGCCCUGGGCUCUUUCAGCGGCGCCAACUACGAUACCAUGCAAAGUUCGUUGCUCCAGGGACUUCAAUCAUUGAAGGCACUCGGCGCUACUCAGCUUAUUAUUGAUGUCACAAAUAACGGCGGAGGUUACAUCUGUGUUGCGCAUUGGCUGCACCGUAUUAUUAUCGGACCAAAAAGCACCACCGUUCCGGAAGCAGGCCUGGAUACUAAGGCACGAUCGGGACCUCUUGCUCAACAAGUCGUACAAAAACUCAUUGACGAGAAACUGGAUCCCAACCAAGAGCUGCUUUACAACCCUCUUAACUGGAACAACGCUCAAAAUGUGCAAUUCAAGGCGGACGAGAACUGGUUAGUUCCCCCCGUCAAAAAAAUCAUCAACGGACAUCCCGACGCGUUCAGUCAACGACUAGGACAAGAAUGUCAACCUGACGGUUUCACCACCACCCCGCCCGACGUUGGGUUCUUUGAACCAUCGAAAAUUGUCAUCGUAUCCAACGGCCGAUGCGCGAGCUCUUGCUCACUCUUCAGCAUUACCAUGGCCAAGGAGGAGGGCGUCCGGACUGUCGUCGUCGGUGGUAGCAACCUCGUCAGACAAGAAUACUGCGGUAUCGUUGGUGGUCAAUCGACGGACUUCGCCACCAUUGACACGGAAAUUAAAUCCACUGGCCUUAAAAGCAGCCCUCUCGCGCCGCCUGACCUGAUCGUCAAUGGUGUGCAGGGAAUCACAUGGCGUCUGGGCUUUGGAAUAACGCGCCGGGAAGAGCCUGAAGAGUGGCAGGAGCACUACGCCGCGAUUCAGCUCCCGCUUACGAUGGAACUUGUCAACAACCCUGUCAAAAUCUGGGACGCUGUUACAGCGCGUGUGUUUAAGUAG